AUUCUGACAAUUCCUAGAUUUAUUUGAGGCCGGUUUAUGUGGUGAAAGUGUGUUGUUUGUGUUAUUUCUUCUUGUUUCAACUUUCUAUAUAUAAACAUAAACAUAAACCUGUCGUCUUUGUUUUCCCUGGAAGCCUUCAACUUUAUUUUUCCUCCAGGAAGUUAAGUCUGAAGAACACAACAUCUGCAGUCAUGACCAAAUACCCCACGAACCAAUCAACCUCCGCAAAUCCUCAUCACUUUGUGCAAGAAGCUCCAGUAACUGGUGUUCCCAUUAACCCCCAAUAUCCUCAGCAAAAUUACACGCAACCGCCUAGGAACGUCCCUUGGUCCACCGGACUCUGUGAUUGCUGCUCUGAUCUGCCUAACUGUUGCCUCACAUGUUGGUGUCCUUGCAUCACUUUUGGACGAAUUGCUGAGAUCGUCGAUCAUGGAUCGACCUCAUGCGGAGUAGGUGGAGCACUGUACGCAUUAAUUGGAAUAUUGACGGGGUGUCCUUGCAUAUACUCCUGUGUCUAUCGUUCCAGGAUGAGGAGUGAAUACAUGUUGGAAGAUAGGCCUUGCAACGAUUGCUGCCUUCAUUUUUGCUGCGAGGCCUGCGCCUUGUGUCAAGAAUAUCGCGAGCUCAAAAACCGUGGCUUCGACAUGUCUCUUGGAUGGCAUGGAAAUAUGGCGAGGCAGCAAAAUCAAGGCCUCCAAAUGCCAUCGGCUCCGGUGAUGGAAAGUGGCAUGAAAAGAUAAUUUCAUCUAUAUUUUGGAUGGUUCUCGAUGAUAUUUAUUUUAUUAUUGUUAUUAUUCAUGUGAUGCCACUGUGGCUCCAAUGAUGGAGAAGUGGCAUGGAAUGAUAUUCUCACCUAUAUUUAGGACGGUUUUCGAUUAAGUCUUUCAUUUGAUGUGAGUGUAGCUGAGUGUCGUCAUUAUAUAUUAAAUUACAUUAGCUGCGAUGAAA